CAGAUAAACAUUUAGUGGAAGCCGGUUUUAUCACACAGGUCAAGCAACAUGAAACUCCUGACGACGGUGUGGUUCUUGGCGGGGGCAGGUUGGGCCGUGUCUGCUGGGGAGAACAGCGGGAUAGUUCUUGAACCUGUUAAGGAUGGUUUCGAGGUCGUCUACGUGUUCCUCCCUGGCUCUUACUCUACGAACGACAGAUACGUGCAGUUGGGAGAAGCCCUACAGGUGGCCUCCCCUCACCGCCUGUGGGUUGGACUCGUAGGCAUAUACAUGGAAGAUUAUCCCGACCCCGCUGACCUCGAUGCCGCCGUCGCCGCCUGCUUGGCCGACAUGAGGCUGCUUGGGAUGAACAGCACGGACUUCUUCAUCUCGGGUCACAGCCUUGGAGGUGGAGGAAAUCCUGGAAUGAUGAGGCUAUCAUUGUGGGGAAGAUAAAAAGGGGAAUGAUAAUUAGUAAUGAUGAUUUGAAUGACAAAAGUAAUGCGACGGUAAUAAGUGCAAGGGAAAUGGCGAUGGUACCCCCACGGUUUUUUCAUGAUGAAAGCCAUAACACGUGUGAGCAUUACUGCCAAACCCACAUAAUUCUAAUUCUGUUCUAACAACUUAAUAAUAUUUUAAUUCCAAGUUAAAUUCCUGAACCCCUCACGUCCUCCUUGCUCCGCCCCUCCCCCGCCCUCAGGCCAAGUCGCCGUCUUCUACCCCGAGACCCGCGACAUCUUCAGGGGUCUGGUGUUACUCGGGGCCUACUUGGGCCUCGGGCUCCUGGCCUCGUACCCCAUCCCGGUCCUCACGCUCGCGGGCGACCUCGACGGCUCAUCGCGGGUCACGCGCAUGGUGGACGC